CGCCGCGCAGCCCCGGCCGCCAGGCCUUAGCCGCCGGCCCCGCGCCUCUGUCCCACGCCCAGCACCGCGACCCAGCGCACCUCGCGGGAGAUGGAGGUCCUGGCAGCAGACACCACGUCCCAGCAGGAGCGGCUCCAGGCCAUUGCAGAGAAGCGAAGGAGGCAGGCAGAGAUCGAGAAUAAGCGCCGGCAACUGGAGGAUGACCGCCGGCAGCUGCAGCACCUGAAGUCCAAGGCACUUCGGGAACGCUGGCUGCUGGAAGGGACGCCAUCCUCAGCCUCAGAAGGGGAUGAGGACAUGAGGAAGCAGAUGCAGGAGGAUGAGCAGAAGGCCCGGCUCCUGGAGGAGUCCAUCUCCAGGCUGGAGAAGGAGAUCGACGCACUGGAGAAUGGAGAGUUGGCCCCGGCCCCCCCAAAGGAGAACAACACAGCCCCAAGCCCAGCCCAGGCCCCUGCCCUGGCCCUGAGCCCAGGCAAGGAGGAGCACAAGAUUGAGAUGGCAAUGAAUUCACAGCAGACCCCACUGGGCACACCCAAAGAGAAGCAAGUCUCCAACACCCCCAUGAGGACAGUCAAUGGUUCCCCCAUGAUGAAGGCAGCCAUGUACUCAGUCGAGAUCACGGUGGAGAAGGACAAGGUGACUGGGGAGACCAGGGUGCUGUCCAGCACCACAUUGCUCCCCCGGGAUCCCCUCCCUCAGGGCAUCAAAGUCUACGAAGACGAGACCAAAGUGGUCCAUGCUGUGGACGGCACCACAGAGAAUGGGAUCCACCCAUUGAGCUCCUCUGAGGUGGACGAACUCAUCCACAAAGCUGAUGAAGUCACACUGAGCGAGGCAGGGUCCACAGCAGGACCAGCAGAGACCCGGGGGCCCUCAGAGGAGGCAGUCCGGACCACGCCCUCCCGGCGGGAGAUCACCGGAGUGCAGGCACAGCCAGGAGAAGCCACAUCAGGUCCACCAGGCAUCCAACCUGGCCAGGAGCCCCCCGUCACCAUGAUCUUCAUGGGCUAUCAGAACGUGGAGGAUGAAGCUGAGACCAAGAAGGUGCUGGGGCUACAGGACACCAUCACAGCAGAGUUGGUGGUCAUUGAGGAUGCGGCUGAGCCCAAAGAGCCUGCGCCACCCAAUGGCAGUGCCGCUGAGCCCCCCACCACUGUGGAGUCCAGGGAGGAAAACCAGGCAGGGCCCAAGGCCACCACCAGCGACCCCCAGGACCUCGACAUGAAGAAGCAGCGCUGUAAAUGCUGCUCGAUCAUGUGAGCUGGCCUGGCCCCGAGCCCCUGGCCCCUGCCCUCUGCUCCACAGACACCCACCAGCCCGGCCCUUCUGGCGCCUGCCCACCCUCCACCCACAAUCUCACUGGCCUCAGGACAGGCAUAUUGAUCUGUGUUUCUUGAGUUUUCUUCUACUGGAAAGAGGGAUAAGGGGCCCCGCCAAUCACCACACCCAACACACACCCUGAACCACUGAGCCGUGCACCUCCACCUGGUGGGGGAGAGAUGGGCCAACCCACUUUUCCCAAAACCAGGAAACUCCCACACCCCAUGUCAUGGCAGCUUCCCAGAUGCGGCUCACACCCACUGCGGUCUUGGUUGGUGUGACCUGUGGUGUCCUUGCUGCCCCAGGCCAUCCCGCCUGUGCCUUUCUGCCACCUCCAGCAAGUCUGCAAGGGACUGCUGAGGCCUGAAGUGGGGCUCCAGAGGCUCCCUGGCCAUGGCACUGGCCUCCCAAUCAUGGGCAGUUGGGGUGAAGCUGUGCUUCUGUCAGCACUCGAGGUCUUGGGGUAGAAGACAAGCUCCUCUGGACAUCCCAGCCUAAUGUGCCCCUCAGGGCUCAGCCAGUAGAUGACGGAGCUUGGGGAAGGGGAGCCCUGGGGAUGUGCCCCCAUUGGGGAGAAGUCUGUCACCCCUGGGCUGACUUCUAGGUGGGCGGGCUGGGGUCUUUGAGCAACCCCUGCACAAAGCAGGGACCAUGUGAGCUGCUCCUUGUCCUGAGCCCCACCUCCACUGGGCCCUCCUUCCUCCUGGUGCUAAUUCGGGGACCCUGGGAGUCAUGCCCGGCUUCUUCUACAGCCUGCUUAAACUGGGGUCCUGGGUUCCCCACCAUACCCCAGAAAUUAGGCCCUGUCUGCCAGCUCUGCUGGACUUGGAGCAUUUCUGGGCAGGGAGGGUCCCCUUGGGACAGCCUGGGACAGGGAGGUUCCCUGUGAGUUGGAGCAGGAGACCCCCAUUUACCACCCAGCCCAUUGAGCUGUCCCCUGGCCCCUCUCACUGGAGGUAACAAGGGGCCCCCACCUGUGGGCAGCCAACACUCAGAUGUGCACGUCUGCCUGGUUGCACCACUUUUGUCCCCAGAGGUGCACUCGUGCACAUGCUCACAGACACCCUUUCCUCACGUGUUGGCUUUGGACAACCAGGCUUCAUCUCAGCCCCUUCCGUAGGGGCCUCAGCCUCAUGCCCAGUGCUCAGGCUAUUGCUUGGUCCAGUCACCACCUGCAGGAGCCACCCCAGAUGGGAGCCUGGCUCCAGUCGCAGUGUGGCUUUCUGAUGGCUGGGAGGAGAGGCCCUCUCUGGGGGCAAACUGGGCAGUAGCCAUGGGACCCCCUCCUCCUCCCUUGAGUCUACCCGAGUCCCUCGAGCCAUGAGCCUUCGCUGAAGUGCCCUUGCUGCCCCUUCUGCUUUUGAUGUGUGACAAGGCCCCCGAUGUUCUUGACUUUCCCAGAGAAGCAAAUAAACAGCGUGAACAGCCCAGUUCCUGGAGUUCUUGGGUUUCACCUGGGCAGGGAGGGCGCGCCAGACCAGAGGGCGGGUCUGCGGCAGUGGAGCCAUAAAAGGAAGGGGAGGCUGAGCAGUGCCCAGGUGAACUGGCUGCUGUUGCCUGCGGCACUUGCCCCUCAGGCUCACCCAUUGCUGUGGGGUGAGAGGCAGUUGUG